UAAUAUUGCCAUGCUGGGUAGUAGCUCCAGGUUUCUCCAGGUUUUGGGCAGGACAGCAGGCUAUGGGGCUCAGGGGGCUCUCAGAGUUAGGGGGCUCACAGAAACAAGAGCAUUAUGGGUAAGGAGUGGUGCCCAUGUCACCUGGUAUAGCAGGCUGUGUGCCCCCAAUUCAGCUGUAACACCCCAGAGUACCUACCUGGUGCCCCCCAACAGGAGCCUCCACACAUCCAGCACCCACCAUGGGGAACCUACCCUGGGGCAGAUCCAGUCCACUCAUUACCAUCUCAUAUACACCUGUAAGGUUUGCUCGACUCGAUCCCGGAAAACCAUCUCCAAAAUUGCCUACCACAAGGGGGUCGUAAUUGUAAAGUGCCCAGGAUGUAAAAAUCACCAUAUCAUAGCGGACAACCUCGGGUGGUUCUCUGAUCUGCAGGGAAAAAGGAAUAUAGAAGAAAUUCUAGCAGCCAAAGGUGAGAAAGUGCAUCGAGUCCAGGGAGAAGAUGCGGUGGAAAUACUGCUUCACAACACAGCAGAAGAUCAUCAUCCAAAGAAUCCUGAAGACAAGGUGGAGGCGCCAACAAGCCAACCUGAUAAGCCAGACACAUGACCCUGCCGUGUAUAUAUAUAUCUCUUUCUGUUUGGCUUGUGGGUUUGAUCAGUGGCAAACCAAGUGGCCGAUGUCCGCGUCCAUCGUUCUUAAAGCCGAGUCACUACUUUUCGU